GAUGUAACACCAACAAAUCCUGAGGAUAUGUUCGUGAUAUUUGGCUUUAUAAUGGUUGGUCUGUCGUUAGUGAGUAUGUGCAUUAACGUGGUUCAACUGAAACUUGAACAGUUAUUCGAAGAACUGCUCGUUAUGAUGAUUGAAGAAUAUCGGCAGACUGGUCUUGCAUCUGCUGAUAUGAAGGCAUACAUUUGCGUCAUAUUUUGCCUCAACCACUUAUUCGAUUCAUAA